CAGCACCAGCUGGCUUUGUGCAGUGGGUGCCGCAGUAUAAAUCAUGUUAAUUCCUGAGAUGCUUUUCCGCGACAGCUCCAGAAGGAUGCUCGGGCACUGGUGAGGGGAGAUUUGCCUGCUGGAGGAUGGGGUGCACAGGGCUGGGCUGUCUGGCAGCGCUGGCCGUGCUCUGCAGGGCUCUCGGGGAUGCUCCCAGCAGAGGCAUCAAAUGUGGGGGAGUACUUUCAGCACCCUCUGGCAAUUUCUCCAGCCCCAACUUCCCAGGGCUGUAUCCCUACGAGACCGAGUGCACGUGGCUCAUCGUGGUGGCCGAGGGCUCCUCCGUCCUGCUCUCCUUCAGCCACUUCGAGCUGGAGUACCACGACACCUGCGCCUACGACUACCUCCAGGUCUACAACGGGGCUGCCCGGGACCGGGGCAACCUCCUGGGCACCUUCUGUGGCCACAGCCCCCCGCCACCCUUCUCCUCCGCCUGGCACGUCAUGGCCGUGGUCUUCCGCUCCGACCGGCACGUGGCCAAGCACGGCUUCGCCGCCGCCUACAGGAAAGACGCCUGCGGUGGGCAGCUGACGGGGCUCUCUGGGGAGAUCACCAGCCCGCGCUACCCCGAGAGUUACCCCAACGAUGCCGAGUGCCGCUGGAGCAUCGGGGGCGCCAGCGGGGGUGGCCCCCUCACCCUGGUGUUCGCUGACUUCCAGAUGGAGGGGGGCCAAGGCUGUGGCUUUGACUACGUGGCGCUUUUUGAUGGCCCCACGGUCACUGCCCCCAGCCUGGGGCGUUACUGCGGCAGCGCCCGCCCGCCCCGCACCGUCUCCUCCACCCCACACCUCCUCAUCAUCUUCAAGUCAGACUUCAACAUUGGUGGCAGGGGCUUCAAGGCCCAUUUCUACUCAGGUGAGUGCCAGGAGGUGUUCACCACCAUCAAAGGGAAUUUCUCCAGCCCUCAAUACCCCAGCUUCUACCCCAACAACCUCAAGUGCCAGUGGAGCAUCCAGCUUCCCCCGGGCUACCGGGUCAAGGUCUUCUUCCUGGACAUGGAGCUGGAGGGCCGGAGCAGCCUUACGGGGGCCUGUGACUAUGAUCACUUGUCUGCCUUUGAUGGUGGCACUGAGAGUGGGUCCCUGCUGGGCCGCUGGUGUGGGCGGGAGAGCCUGGCACCCGUCACCUCCCGCAGCAACCGGCUGCUCCUGCUCCUCCACACCGACCGCAACACGGCCAAGAGGGGCUUCUCCAUCUCCUACGUGGGAGUUGUGCCCAUGAAUGUCAGCUGCACCCGGACAGACUUCCACAUCCAGAUCCCUGUGCAGUCCCUGGCCCAGCUGGAGAGGAAUAGGAUUUAUUUGGGGAUCCCGUCCUGUGCAGCCCAGGUGGUUGGCAGGAACUUUAAAAUACACACCAGGUUUGACACCUGUGGCACUGAAUCCCAGAGACGCAACAACACGUCUGUCAUCGUCAGCACCCUCUACAUUGAUUUUUCAGUGGGAGACCAGGAGGACAUCCACCAGUACGAGGUGCAGUGUGAGCCAAAGAGGAAGGAAGCCUCAGUGACCCUUAUUGCUGGCCCUGAUCCAUCCAGGCUCAGCCAGGCAGAAAACCUGGUGGAUGCCCAGAAGUGGGAGGGGGAAGCGGUCGAUGCCCGUGAGAUCAAGAGCCAGGACACCAGCGACAUCGUCUUCAUCAGCAUCUGCAUCCUGGCUGGGCUCCUCAUGGUCAUCGCAGUGGUGGGGCUGGUGCUGCUCUAGGAUGCCCUUUCCAGACUCCAGGGAUUGCAGUCCCACUCAUGCCCAGGGCAGGAAGGCACCCCAAAAUCCACCCUCACCCCAGGCUGAACCCUAACACAGCUCCCAGGCCCUGAAACUGAGCCUGAACCCAACCUCCACCUUCUCUUAGUGCCUGAAAAAUCUGGGCAAUAGGCAGCCGUUUCCCUUCCCAAUUUGUUUUCCUCUGUUUCAAUCUGUCCAUUUGGCUCAGGAAUGCAAUUCUUGUGCUCCCUAACUCUUCCCGCACCUGCUUCAAUUUGUUUUCCCUGUAGUGCUGCUGCUUUCAGGAAAGAAACGUUGUUUGCCGAUGGCUGCAAAUCUUCCUGUCAAUUAUUUCUAGCUGAAUUCUUGGAGGUACAAACCAUCCCCAAAUGCAGCUAUAUUCCCAACAAAUGUUCUCCCUGCUCCCAGCCCGUGCUUGGGGGGUACUGUGGAGCUGUGUUACAGGGAUCUCCACCUGGCACACACAGAUGUAGCUCAUGCAGGUGCUCCCAGGUGAUGUUUCUGGCUGUCUGUGGGUGAUGUGAUGAGAUGCAUUUGCUGUGCCCUGGAGCUCCUUGUUUGAUCUUCUCAUGUUGUCUCACCUUCUCGCAGGACUCACCUGAGUGCCUCAGCCACCAGCAGCUGGAGGGGAGGAGAACAAUCCUCUUCUCUGUGUUUUCCUUCUUUCCGUCAUAUCCACGUAUCCACAGCUGUGAACUCUCUACCAGCAUUACUCCUGAAGUGUGAAAAUUUGGGCAAAUCCUGCUAUGGCUUGGGAAGAUGUUGGAGUGCAGAGGUUUUGGUGACCCUGUAAAGGCAACCUUGGCAGGAGGGGCUGGGACCUCAGUGACACCAGAUCUCCAC